AUGCGAAACCGAACAGGUCCUCAACGCCCCAGAGUACACGGCGAUGAGAAUGCCACGAGUCGACAUGUUCGUCAAGGAUCCGGUAUUGCAAUCGCAGGCGCGUCACGCGCCGUCGCCAACGGUCACAUACAGAAGAACGGGCCCCAGCGUCCCGCCCUCGGCGAAGUCACGACCACAGCAGUCAACCGCAAAGACGCUGCCAGCAGACCUACUGGGAAAGACAAGGAAAUCAUCGAUGCAAACGUCAAACGCAGUCGCUCUUCCUCCCUCGUAGCCGCGACUGGGCCUCAGCGCGUCCCUGUUGGUCCUGGCAGAGCCGCGCCAACCGUCGCAACUGUGGUGCCUGUGCACGCGCGUGCGACUCGUGCUCAGAGGCCCCAUUUGCCUAACCGUCCCGUUCACCGUGUUCCCGUCCCGACCGAACGCGAACUGCGUGCACAGGCCAUCGAGGCCCAAGAGGAUGAAGACAGCAUGGACGUCGAGGAGCAGCCGCCUGCCAGGGUCCUUACCAUCGAAGAAGCCAGCCUGAUCGUCGGCGAGGAAGAGGUGGAGGGUAUGAUCGGCGUCGACAGCACAGAGGACAGCGAAGACGAGGAGGCUCAGUGCAUUGCCAACGCGAAGGCUGCGCGCGUUUGGCCUGAGGUCUCGACAGAUCGUGCUCAGCGGUAUAGCCGUCAGAUUGAAGAUAUCAAGGAGACCUUCAACGAUCCGUCGGAUGAGUUCGAUAUGACGAUGGUGUCCGAGUAUUCCGAUGAUAUCUUCGAGUACAUGCAAGAACUUGAGGACGAUGUGAUGCCAAACCCCGAUUACAUGGACGGUCAAACCGAGAUUACCUGGGACAUGCGCCAGACGCUCGUAGACUGGUUGCUGCAAGUGCAUCUGCGCUAUCACAUGCUUCCGGAGACACUAUGGAUCGCAAUCAACAUCGUCGAUCGCUUCCUUACCAAGCGUAUCGUAUCAGUUCUCAAGCUCCAGCUCGUUGGCGUGACCGCCAUGUUCAUCGCAUCGAAAUACGAGGAGAUACUGGCACCUUCUGUUGACGAGUUUGUCUUCAUGACCGAGAAUGGUUAUGGAAGGGAAGAGAUCCUGAAGGGCGAGCGGAUCAUGCUGCAGACGCUCGACUUCAAGAUCAGUCACUACUGCUCACCCUACAGCUGGAUGAGAAAGAUCAGCAAGGCAGACGACUACGAUAUUCAGACCCGCACGCUGGGCAAAUUCUUGACCGAGGUGACGCUCCUGGACUACCGCUUCUUGAGGGUCAAGCCGAGCUUGGUGGCCGCCAUCGGGAUGUACACUGCGAGGAGGAUGCUAGGAGGAGACUGGACCGACGCGUUCGUCUUCUACUCCGGCUUCACUGAGGAGCACCUCCUACCGGGACACACUUGGCUGCUGCAAAAGUUGACGGAGCACGGGUUCACAAAACAGCACGUCUGUCAGAAGUACGCGAACAAGAAGUUCUUGAAGGCGUCGCUGUACGCGAUCGAUUGGGCACAGAGACACGUCCACGAAGAGCUCAUGAACUCGGAGAAGAUGGACGACGUUCUCCCUACCCUACUCUGUCUCGAGAAGGCUAGCGCUCUGGAGGCUCUGGUCAUUUGCCACUAG